AGAUGGGGUUUCACCAUAUUGGCCAGGCUGGUCUCGAACUCCUGACCUCAAGUGAUGCACCCACCUCAGCAUCCCAAAGUGCUGGAAUUACAGGCAUGAGCCACUGUGCCUGGCCUUCAGAUAAGACUUUUAAAGCUGAGCCCAGCCAUGGGUUUUUAUCCUCUAAUACCUGUGAGUUGGGUGAUCCUCCCCUCUUGAGGUCCCAAGAUAAACUCAGAGCUUCCAGACCUGUUAGAAAGUGACAUUCUUUACUGACCACAGGUUAGGAACCCUGUGUGGGGACUGUGCAGACAAGGUAUGAGGCCAUUUCUCCCCAAGGGGCUUUUAUUGGCUUUGCAUGUCAAGCUUGAUUCCUUAAAGGGAAACACACCCUUUCAGUCAAAUCCCUGGUAAAAUAACCAGUUUUUCCAACUGUGUCCUGUUUACAAAGAAAAAUGGAUUCUGAUUGCACUGAGACAAACAACUAUAUUCCCAUAAGUUAAGAGUACUCACAGAUAAUUUCCAAAUUCUAGAGGAACCAGGCAGAGAAAAAUAAACAUGCUCCAAAUUUUCUUCACAGUAUAACUUACUCAAUUAUUAAAGUCCAUAAAUAGUUUAAAAUAACUUUCCUUGACUCUGAAAAUCAAAACAAAGAUCGACAAUAUUCCAAGUAAAGGUUAAAAAGGUUGCUUUAACUUUCUGAGUGUAGUCCACCUAGUAAACUUUUAUUUUGCUUGAUAUUUGUCAACAUGUCAGUUCUUUAUGAGACCCUACAUUCUUUAUUUCAAUGUUACAAUCUUUAAAGCUAUUAAAAACCUGCAUUUGAGAACACCUGUUAAAUUCCUUCACAUAGCUUGAUUAUAAACCAUCUUUUGAGAAGGAACAAAGCAAGACAACAAUUGUCUGUGAAUGAAAACUUUCCAGGAUAGUUAAAAAUAUGACUGAUGAAGUUUACUUAUCUUCAUGGUUUACAAUAAUUUUACCCUUAAUUAUGAUUGAUAGCUAUACUUAGACAUUAGAAUUUUAGAAAUCCCAUACAAUUUUGGAACAUAUAUUAGUAUUAUUCAUCAAAAUAUAACUUAAAGAAGAUUGGACAUCAUUUUGGCAAUCUCUUAUGACUAAACAUGUCAAAUGAUUCAAUUUAUCUCUUUUCUGAAUGUUUUGAGGCCCUCUGAACCAACCAAAAAGUCAGGUAUCCGGAAGGACAAUUUCCAGAUUGCCAUAAAUUAUUUUGCCAAAAUGAUGACUCAAAAGGCAAAAACCUUUCAUUAGCCUUUAUUAUGACAUGAAAAUUUUGUUCAAAGCAAAAUUUUACCCUUGCAUUAAUUUAUUAAUAUUAACCCCAAUUCAUUUACAUGAAACCUUCUAGAUUAUUCCAUUUAAUCCUAACCAAUCUGACCAUGAGGUGAAAACUUUACAAACCUUUUAUAACCCUUUUACUAAAGGGCAGAUUAGUGUCUUAAGACCUCCUUGCUAUGCUGUUAUUUUAAUGCUUAAUUUAUGUAAAGACCAUAUAGAUGCUAUGGGAGAAGACAGUGUAGUACUUCUACUAUGCAUUUCACUGCAAAGCAACCCAAAGCCAAUUGGCUUAUUUUAUAUUCAGCCCAUCCCUGAUAGGAGUCUCAUCUCCCAGUGUAGGAUGUGGAUAGGGAAACCCUGUUUCUACAAAAAAAAUACAAAAAUUAGGUGGGCAUGGUGGCACACACCUGUAGUCCCAGCUACUAGGAAGGGAGGUGGGAGGUUCACCUGAACCCAAGAGGUCUAGGCUGCAGUGAGCUGAGAUCAUGCCAUUGUACUCCAGCCUAGGUGACAGAGUGAGACUCUGUCUUGAAAACAUACACAUAAAAAAAAAUAAAAAUCAUGAAUUCAUAUUGAUUAGUAAUUUUUAAAAAUUCACCUAAUGAAAGUAGGGCUCCUAGAGGAGGUAAGAUUUGGUUGUCUCCUGGUCAGCUUGGAGAGAGGAGUUUGUGGAAGUAAAAGGUGAGGAAUGAUAACCUACAGAAAACUGACUUCACAGCAACAGAAACAAAGAAAAGAUGCAGGAUGUCAUAAUUUAUAUCUUGGUCCUGCCACAUAUGUGACCUUAUGUAAAUUAUUUUUUUCUCUUUGAGUCUCAGAUUUCCCCUUUGUAAAGGUGAAAUCCAAGUUCCUCUUUUGCAUCCCUCUGAUGUUACUCUGAGCAUCAAAGGAGUGAUGACUACCAUUUGUGGUGCUAUUAUGAGGAUAUACACACAUACUGAUAUAGAUCCCUGUAUGGAUACACAAAAAACUGGUAACAGUAACUGCCUAAAGUAUGUUGUUAGGAGUCAGUGAGAGACUUUUUGCUACAUACAAAAGGAUUCAUAUUGUUUGAAUAUUUUUCUUUUUCUUUAGAGACAGAUUCUUGCUCUGUCACCGAGGCUGGAGUGCAGUGGCUAAUCAUGGGUCACUGCAGUCUCAAACUCCUGGCCUCAAGUAUCUUCCCACCUCAUCCUCCCCCAGCUAGGACUACGGGCAUGGGCUACCAAGUCUGGAUAAUUUUUUUUCUUUUUUGUAGGAACAGGGGUCUUGCUUCGUUGCCAAGGCUGGUAUGAAUCUCCUGAACUCAAGCAAUCCUCCUGCCUCUGCCUCCCAAAGUGCUGGGAUUACAGGCGUCAGCCACCGUGCCUGGCCUGAAUAUCUUUCUUGAGGAUGGAAAAAAAAAAAAAAAAAGUAAGUAAGUAGGUAAUGAAUUUGAAAGAGCUUUGUAAAUCACAAAGUAUGACACAAAUAUUAGGAUUUUAUUUUUACUAUUAUCCACCAGCAACAAGAUAUCAAACACUGGUUCUGUGAUUAUUUAAUGGUGAAAAAGUUGAAUAAAUCAAUUUAGUAUACCCAUAUGUUGGAAUAUUGAGUCCAUUUUUCUUUUAAAAAUCACACUUUGGAAUAAUUGAUGAUACUGGCAAAUGCUCAAGCUGAGUGGAAAAAUAUAUAAACAUUGUAUAGGCGAAUAAUUCCAAUCUUGUGCAUUCCCUGUGUAAACCUACAUACACAAAAAGAAAAAAGACUGAAAGGAACCAUCCACAGUGCUUUGGUGGGAAAGACGGAGAAACAAAGUGUUAAUUUUCUUAACUAUAGUUUUGGUGUAUUCCAGAUUUUCUACAAGUUAAUAAAUGCCACUAAGAAAAGGGGAAACAUCACAGCUACACCUUCAAACACCAGAAAAAGAAUUUUUUUUUUUUUUUUUUUUUUUUUUUUUUAGGUAGGGGUAUGAUUUUGAUCUGGGCACUAACGGGGACACUGAUUGCUUUCGCCAGUAAGUCAAGACCAGCAGAUAAAAAAUAAUUUUUAAAAACCUCGUAAGACUGAUUUGCCGCAGGACGGGAGAAGGAAGAAGCAAGCGUGGGAGGUGCUAACGGAGGAACCUAAACCUCCAUCCUCUUCCCCUGGGAGGUUAAAAACUACAGGGAGAGGCGAGAGAGACUAUGACCGCCCUACGGCUAGAGUAGCCGCGAAGAGAACACUUCCGGGGCGGGGCUAUCUGGCCCUUUCCUUUCCGCGUGUAGAAUGUGGGGCGCGUGUAAAGUUAAGGUUCACGAUUCCUUGGCCACCACUUCCAUCACUCUGAGACGGUACCUGAGAUUGGGGGCGACCAUGGCAAAAAGCAAGUUCGAGUACGUGAGGGACUUCGAGGCUGACGACACCUGCCUGGCACACUGCUGGGUGGUAGUGCGGCUGGACGGCCGGAAUUUCCAUCGUUUUGCUGAGAAGCACAACUUUGCAAAACCCAAUGACAGCCGUGCUCUCCAGCUGAUGACCAAAUGUGCCCAGACUGUGAUGGAAGAACUAGAGGAUAUUGUGAUUGCGUAUGGACAGAGUGAUGAGUACAGCUUUGUGUUCAAGCGGAAAACCAAUUGGUUUAAAAGAAGAGCCAGUAAGUUCAUGACUCACGUGGCCUCCCAGUUUGCCUCCAGCUAUGUGUUUUAUUGGCGGGAUUACUUUGAGGACCAGCCCCUUCUGUAUCCCCCAGGCUUUGACGGAAGAGUUGUGGUGUAUCCCAGCAACCAGACUUUAAAGGACUACCUCAGCUGGCGACAAGCAGAUUGUCACAUCAAUAAUCUUUAUAAUACUGUUUUCUGGGCACUUAUACAACAAUCUGGACUAACACCAGUACAAGCCCAAGGGAGAUUACAGGGAACUCUUGCAGCAGACAAGAACGAGAUUUUGUUUUCUGAAUUCAACAUCAACUAUAAUAAUGAGCCGCUGAUGUAUAGGAAAGGGACUGUGUUGAUAUGGCAGAAGGUGGAUGAAGUGAUGACAAAAGAAAUUAAGCUGCCAACAGAAAUGGAAGGAAAAAAGAUGGCAGUGACCCGGACCAGGACAAAGCCAGUGCCCUUGCACUGCGAUAUCAUCGGGGAUGCUUUCUGGAAGGAACAUCCAGAGAUUCUAGAUGAAGACAGCUGACCCUUUGCGCUUCAGUUCUGGUGUGCUUAACCAUGCAAGCCCUCCCACCUCCCAGGGUUCCUUGCCUUAGGUGGCUGUAGCAUCCCUACCACCCAGGACACUGGUGCGAAUGACACAACUCAAGUUGGGAGGGGAACAGGGAAGGAAGGGAUGGAUGGGGGUGGUGUAUCUUACUCUGUUUAAGCAGAACACCUUGUUUGCGGUGUUGGAACGUGGUUCCUUUGGCAGAAGUGCUUUUUUUUUAAUCGCAGUACUAUUUUUAUAAAGCAAGAACUAUUUCAUGCCUUGGAGAAUGAAUCAUUUUUAGAUUGUGACAUAAAUCUUGUAAAAACCUGUCA